AUGGCCAAAACAAGGACGAAAAAACAAGUUACGGUUCCUCGAAAGAUUCGCGUGCGAAGGGAGGUCAACCACAUUCGUGAUAGUGAAGCGCUGGAAAGAGUUCAAGGUCUUCACACCGUCAUGGCACAUAUGGACCAGGCUCUGGCCACUGAUACUCGCUUGGCAGAAGAGCUAAUGGCGCCGGACGGAUAUUAUGAAGAUGAAACAAAUCGAGAAGGAAAUGAAGACGCUGAAGAAGAUUCUGACUCUGACGACGGUGUGGAACUGCUCAGCUAA